AUGGCAGCUCAGACCGGAGCAGCGCUCCUCCUCGUCGGCCUCCUUCCAUCUGGAAUGUUGCAGAUUUGGAUCUGGAGUGAUGCAAUACAUCUAAUGGAUGGACAAACGCUUACAUUAAUCAAAAGAACACUAACUAACAUGGACAAAGAACGUGAGGGAUUUGGGGAACGCAGGCAUCUCGGGCACCCUGAUUCCUCAACUGGGACAACUGAAGAACCUGCAGUACCUAGAGCUGUACGCGAACAAUAUGAGUGGAUCAAUACCAACAACUCUGGGCAACCUGACACUCCUGAUCAGCCUCGAUCUUUACAACAACCAUCUCACCGGCGUGAUACCUUCCUCGCUUGGGGCAGUCGGGACACAGCGUUUCCUAGGCUAUUCGUUGGUGUCUCCCUGCAGGAGGCUGCAUGGGAACAAACUGGCAGGGGGUAUACUGGCGUCAUUGGGCCGUCUGAUGAAGCUUGUCGAGCUGGAGCUUCAGGAGAAUACGCUGACCGGCACGGUGCCGCUGGAGGUUUGGUGCUUUGUGCUCGCAAGAGUUUUCCAAUUGGAAUCAUUUGCAGUGGCUACUGUCAUCCAGGACACGCUCAAGACUACACUCUGAGCACUAGUGGUAACCUGAACUUAUGUAAGAUUUUUGAUCCGUGGUCGCCCGUAAAGAAGAUUAAUGGCUGUUCAACCACGCUCUUAUAUGAAACGCCCUCUGGCUUCGCAAUUAUAUCUUGUGAUGGGGUCAACCCCAAGAUUCCAAUGGAGGACAUCUGGGCAUACCCACCAGAGAAUGUCAGGGUGGUGAAAUUCAUUGAGUUUGAGGACAAGUGUACUGCCAUUGACCUUGCCAAGGAAAUUAUUGAUAACAAACUGUCUGACAUGCUCACCGAGUUUUGUGGCUCUGAGCAGAAACUACUUGUUGGCCGUGCUGAAUAUAAAAGAAUAAUUGAAAGGAAGCUGGCAAUAACCUGUCAGCAUGAUGAUAUUGUGGAGCAGAUGAUUUGGGGUCUAGAGAAUAUCAUGCAUAAUCUAUUGGCUGAACAAACAUCAGAGCUGAGGGAGUAUCGCUGCCUCAAUAGCAAAGGAUUAAUCCUUUUCUUACAUCAAUAUGGCUUUCUUGUCAAAGAAGAGUUGAUUUUGUCAGCUUCUGAGUAUCUGAACAUAAAAUCCAUGAGACGUCAAUACAGAGAAGUGAUUAUGUCUGUGGUUGAUGUCUUGUCGGUCUACAAAGAUGUUCUUGCUCUCUAUGAAAAAAGGCUUGAGAUUCUGUCAGAUAUAAACCUCGUGCUGCCGCUGAGGCCAAAGAAGAUCAAAUUAUGGAAUUCUCGUUUUUUGAGAAAACUCAAUUCGACUGAUUUAUGUACUGGCUCCAAAGUUGGAACAGAAGCUAUUACUGAUGUUGAUGGUAUGCUUGACUCCGCCACUCAAAAUAAUUGUAGUGGAGUAGCUCUUGUGAAGAGCAGUGAAUUGGGUUUCCCUGAGACACGACACGAUGUUACUUAUGAUAUGCAGGCUGGAGAUACUGAUACAAAGCAUACAAGUGCAGCACGAAGCAUGGGUGAAACUCAGAAAGAGAAUAACAUUAAAGAACCUGGUGCAAUGGGAGUGAAAGCAGCGGACAGCUUGGAAAAUUUUGAGCUGCCUCAGACUGCUGAUGCUAGCAACAAAACGACUGCACAGCUUACUCAAGAAACUACUGGAAAUGGGAUGAAGGCUCUAGACAGUGCAGGUGAAAGCAUGCAGAGCGGACAGGUAUUUUCCCCGAGAGGCGACGAGAGCAAAGAAUUGGAUUUCCCUGCGACACUACAAGAUGUUCCUUGUGAUAAGCAAACGAGUGCAGCACAAAGCACGCGUGAAACUGCGAAAAAGAAUAACAUUGAAGAAUCUGGUGCAAAGAGAGUGAAAGCAGAGGACAACUUGGAAAAAUUUGAGCGGCCUCGGACUGCUGAUGCUAGCAACGAAACGACUGCACAUUCUACUCAUCAAGAAACUAGUGAAAAUGAGACGAGUGCGGCACAAAGCACGGGUGAAACGGAGAACAAGAAUAACAUUGAUGAAACUAUUGCUGAUGGAGUGAAAGCAGAGGAAAGUUUGGCAGAUGUCAUGCGGUCUCAGACUGAUGACUCUAACCUGCACAUGACUGCACCGCAGGACCCAAAUAAGAGCCAAGUUGAGCAGACUCAAAAAGCUGCAGAAGGCGAGCUUACCAGAAGCCAAGCUGAGCAGACUCGAAAGGCUGCAGAAGGCGAGCUUACCAGAAGGGAAAAGUUCAGAGUGAAGGACAUUUUGGCUGAGGACGAAGCCAAGACCAAGCCAGCAAAGCAACGUCUAUGGAGGUGGCUUAUUCCCUGCCUCUCUGAGCAAUGA